CGUCACUAUUCCCACAACUUUCGAUUUGGAAUCCUCUGACGUUAUUCAAGGGAUAUUUUACGUUAUAAGGGUGCCGAGAUCUAUCUUUUACAUAACAGAGCAUUGAGCGAAACCAUUGGCAGUAAUAAGACGUAACGUGGCCGUGAUUUGUGAAUUGGUUACAAUAUAUUUGACUGUCCUUCCGCUUGAAGACUAAGAACCGCUGAAACUGAAAGUUGAAAUUCUGGUGAUCGAACGAGACGUUCUAUUCCCGGUAAGUGCCUCGGCUUGUUUGCGUUUUCAGAACUUACUCAUCGUUAGGUUAUGAAAGUCUUAAAUUCAAACUAAGUAUGGCUAGGAUAUGAAGAGCUGGUGUUGUGAAGCACUCCUCAAGCAUCAUAGCGUGUUACAUGCAGCUUACCCGACUGUUUAGAGUGCCCACGACUUCAACGUAGUUUGUGUGUUUUAUUCUUGAAGAAACUCACAUUCUACGAAUUGGAACUAUGCACACCUAAACUAAGAACUGAAUUAUUUAAAUCCUUUCGCUAAUUCUAGUAAAUUAGUAUUGUAAAAUACUACGGUUUUAGUUGCUAUAGACAGUUUCACUGCCCAUAGCAACUAAUCCGUGAGGAAUUUAGAAAGAAUUGAAGGAAUGAAAAUUCCAUUUAAGGGUGCGCGAAAGGAAAUAUAAGAUUGGACGCGUGGAGAUUUGGAACUGAGGAAUUGUAGGAGCGUGGAAGAAUGGUACCAAGGUGAUGAAUUAUGAAAGCGAAGAGGGUUGGAGGGGUGAAAGUGUAGUAAUAAGUUUGUUUGCUCUUUUGAAGUGAGAGGAUGCAAAAUUUUAGAGGUCUAUAACUUUGACUGAAGUUGGGAAGUGAAGAGCUGAAUUUCAAUUUGGAAUGCCGAAUAUCUGGCCAUAUUCAAAACUCAACAGCCAACCAACAGCAGUGCAUCACUAUAUAGAAACAAAACAAAUCGAAAGCUAAUAGAAAAAAUUGAAAAUGAAGGAAAGAAAUGAUGAUGCACGAGAAAGAUAUUUCUUAACCAGUAGAAGAAAGCUAUCAGAGGGAUAUUUCAAUUCCAGGUAUUUUGUAAAAGGAUUUUCAACGAGUUACAUUGCGGAAAUUCCAAGAUGUUAGAUGCACCUUUAAGGUUACUGUCAAAAACAAAGUGCUCUUCGAAAAAAUCGUCCUACGCACGCUUCUUCAAAGAAAAGAAUAGAAAACCGUAAAUCACUUUAAAGCCUACAAAGUAUAUACUCUGAAAAUAACAACGUCUUAACAGGCAAGUGCAAGCCUUUAAAGACAAACGUACGGUGUUUGGUUAACUAAAUUACUGGCUAGUGAGCUUCUUCGAUUUUACCAUCGCCUCACGAGAAAAUCUGUUUUGAAGUUGGACAAAAUAACUCGGUUGUCGUCACGCAUCGGGAUGUCACUGGAAAAAUAUUUCGAAUUUCUUAAAAUUAAAGCCCCGCACUCUUUCGUGCAUUAAUAUCUGACGAGUAUUCUGUUGCGAGAUCAACGCGAAUAAAGGAAUGGCAUGGCCAAAUUAUAUAGACGGCUUAGUCUUCCUUCAUUAAAUUUAACACCCUAAACAUCAAUAUUUUUAGCCAAAUGAUAACGGUCUAGUUGCCUAUGUCGAGUUAGAACAUGAAAUUGUGAAAUGAAGUAGCUCAAUUGCGAAUAGCUUAGCAUUCAUUUGCAAUAUAGCACACAAACGGUGUAGCGUUGCAUGAAAUAGCUCUGCGUAAUGUCAAAUGGUACGGUGUACACGAAAACGGUGUAGCGUUGCUUGAAAUGGCUCAGCGUUAUGUCAGAUGGUGCAGCGUACACACAAAUGGCGUAACGUUACGUCGAAUAGCUCUGCAGAACAUCAGACGCUCAAGCUGCACAUUAAAUUGCUUAGCAUUACACGAAAUAUUUCGAUGUCGUAGCGAAUCGUCGAGCUUGCUUGUGGCAUGAUGUGAAGGCUAUCUUGCCGAAACCACCAGAAAUAAAAACCGCAAAUGGAACAGCGAUCUGCUAGAGGGCAUGACGUCUUCGAAUGUAAAGAUUGACGCGAAACCAUUAUGCACAUGGUGUAGUCGCUGUUUUGAAGAGUCUUCACUUCGCCUUGUCGUUAAGCAGAGCCAAUUCGUAACUUUUUGGUAUGUCCUCUUUUUUUCCCCUGGCGAUAUUGCAAUUAUUCGUUGUUGUUCAUUUGGUAUGCCAAGAAUAGUGUUUGCAAUUAAAGCAUUCCGAUAUCACUUUGAUUGAAAAAUGUCAAAAAACAGAUCAAGGAUAUUAGUCUUGACAUUAUUCGGAAUAUCGGAAUGCUUUAAUUGGUGUGCCAAAAAUAGUGUUUGCAAUUCAAGGCCUGAGCCGAUCGUGCAAAAUUGCACGAUGACUUUGACCUUUUCGGAAAUGCUCGUAUUACAUCCGAUCGCUCUGAAAUUCCGGCUGUAGCAUGUAAACAUUCUAAGCCAAUCACAUGGCGAGUUUUAGCUCCAAACUAUCAAACGUGACCUCGGGAGCCCGUUCCGAAAAUCAUUUGUGUACGAUUUCAAUCUGCGACAAUGGCGCCCGAUGCGAAACGCUAGAGAUACAGCGUAGCUAAGGCUCUAGAGAUGAUUUUUGACGAUGGAAGUGAGCAUGGUGGUAUGUCUAGUGGUGAGGAAUCCGAAUUAGAUAGAAAACUGGAAAAUCCUAGCGAAGAAUCGAGGUAAGUAAUCUGUAAACAUUCUUGCGAUAUUUAAAUGCGUGACGCAUGUGGUGUUGAAUCAUUUACUUUUACUUUUCGCGCACGAAUCUUUGUUUUUUUGCCUUGAGACAAACCUGUAAAUGUAUAUUUGUGAAUGUAAAGCAAUACAUAUGUGAUCAAACAUGAUUUUUAAGCGACAGAGUAAAUAAUCUUCAAUGGAAUGUUAGAACGCAACGGCCUAAAUUAUCAGCCGAUGACAGAUAUGACGCAGAGUGCGUCCGAACUAAAUCAAAUAAAAUCUUUUAUUUUUGAAACGAUAGCUGUAUAUGUAUCGACCUGUAUAUUAUCUUAUAUGUUUUGUAUGUUUUUUAGAUGUGGUUCCACUUGUUACAUGCCGAAAAUUCACAAAAAAAACAAAUUAUGCUCAAGAAUGAGUGGAAUGAUAUAAAAUUACAGUUUCCGGUAUCACUUCUGAAUUGUUUUACUCUUGCAAAAUACUGGUGGUGCAUUGCAAGUGAAAGGCUUUCGAUAUAUGUUGCGCUUUAUGUAUUUGAGGCAAAAGGAAAAAUUUCAGAAGUCAAGCAAAGAAACAUAGUUCCAAUGGUUGCACUGUAGACUACAAGAGGGAUUAGUAAAUUUGGGCUUGGGGUGAUGAUGAGGUCAGACUAAUUAGUCAGUAUUUUAAUCAGUGUUCACUAAACAUGUGUAACACAUACCAGAUUUGUUAGUUUCCAACCGAUUUUUAUGGAGAUGUUGCCCAUAUAACAAGGAACCUCUUAAGUUUAUUUUUGCUUCAUUACUUUAUAUUAUUUGGGUAUCACUUAAUUCACAGUUCAAAUUUUGAUGAUAUUUUAUUCUAUAAAUUAAUGUCAGUUUGAAAGCAUUCAAUGAGGUUGUUUCCUUUUUCUUGGAGAGGAAACAUGCAUUUCAGGAAAGCUUAUUUACUGCUGUUUCAAGUGAGGUAUAGCUUACUUACCUUGUGUAAAUACUUGGUGAGGAAUAAAUUUUUCAAUAAUCUGGGUCAAUUUUUAUGGUUUUGGGGUACAGUUUGGAAAAAAAUUCUAAUUAAUUCUGCAUUUGUUCUUUUUCAGCCAGAUUCUCUGGAUGUCUUGCCCAUAAUAUAAGGAAUGUUUUAUCAGGGAAAUUUUUCCUUGUAACUCCAUUCCAUUCAAGCCCAGGCUAUUUCAAAGUCAAAAAUUGUCAGAUAAUUUAUGCAAAUUGUAUGCCAUUUUCUUAGCAUGAUUUAAAAUACAUGGAGUUUUAAUGGCAAAAUAUUUUUUUUCUUCAAAGCUUUUUUUGUCCUCUUUCAAAUGAGAUAUAGCACAACUCACUGGUGUAAAUACUGCUGACAAAAAAAAGAAAAGAAAAAAGUUGUCGUCACUUGCCAUUUUUUUAUGUCUACUAUAAAGAGUGUAUCCACUAGAGCACUUCAUAGCUCUUUAUACGGGAUGAUUGAUUAAGAAAGCUGAAAAAGUGUGAAAAAAGUUUGAGGUUUUUUGAAGGAAUGAAAACUUUCACGUUUAGAGAGAUGCAUGUAGGCGAAAAAUUGAUGGGGAAAAUCGUAGCGUUUCUCUCUUCUGUCAUUUACUGUCUUGGAGAUUUGCUAAAAUCAGCAAAUAGGACUUUUCUACGGGACAAAACAUUCACUAGACCCUGUGAGUAGGGUAACUGGGAUACCUGGAUGGUACUGGAUCCUUGGAAUCAAGUGAAGUGAUACUACGGGUGUCGGACUAGUAUACUGAUAUAGUGAGCUCAAGUCUGGUGCUAUGCAUGCAAGAGUUAUUUUUUGUAAGGUGGGUGGAUUACUUGAAACAUUGUAAGUGGUCUACAUUCAUACAAAAGGAAAGAAGAUUAUUAACGCGGAAAAGAAUAAAAAUGUCGAAUUACCUCACACGCAGGUAUUUUGUGGUAGAUUAUGUGUGUUGUGCAAAUAAAUGUAACCAAAAAUAAACUGUAUUGGUGCCACGGAAACCUGUUAGUACAAAAUGCAGACAGCAGACUUCAGACCGGAUAUAAAAUAUAGACUGCAGACUGCAGAGUGGGUAUAAAAUGCAGACUGAGAAUCUGAAGACUUCUUACGUCUGAUAGAUAAUAAUAUGUCAUCUUAAAGCUUACCGAGCGUCACGCAAUCGCUUUCCCGCGAUCAGCCUUCACGAUUAUUUGCACUAUUGUGGAAAAUUCCUGGCCCAUUUCUUGAUGAAAAUCGAUCGCAAUAUAAUUUCAAGCCUUCAACAUAGUCUUCUUACUUUGCGCGCGAGUUGGUUGGUGUGAUGUCUACAAAUUUUACCAACGUAAUAAAAGUAUAUGACGUGAAUAACAGUGAUGGUAAAGCACGCUUAAAACGGCAGAAAUCGCCAGAAACUACAACGGAUACACGGGAUAUGAGUAAGUUUUAUUGCUUUAACGAGAAAAAUCUUAAUAUUUCGAAAUAUUUAUCAUUGUAAGUCGGUCAUAUUUCGUUCCCUAUAUUAUUCCUAAAAACAUUUUAAAUCUUCAACGGUUCCUCUCGUAACUUAACACCUAGUCACACAACGCGUGACGCGUUUAUGAAUUAAUCAUUGGCUUUUUCGUUGGCUUUUUUGUUGGCUUCUUCUCGAGGCGUGAGCUUGGGCCGUCUGUGACCACAGGCGACCCAAGCUCACGUCUCGAGAAAAAGCCAACGAUGAAUCCAUGAACGCGUCACGCGUUGUGUGAGUCGGUGUUAAGUGACGGGAGGAACCGUUGAAAAUUUGAACACGUUAUAAGGAAUAGUAUGGGGAACGAAAUAUGGUCGAUUUACAUUUGUGACAUGACAUUUGUCAAAAAGACAUGGAUAACAGUGAUGGUAAAGCAAGCUUAAAACAGCAGAAAUCGCCAGAAACUACGACGGAAUCACAGGGCAUGAGUAAGUUUUAUUGAUUUUACGUGUAGAAUAUUCAUAUUUCGAAAUAUUUAUCGUUGUAAAUCGACCAUAUUUCGUUCCCCAUACUAUUCCUUAUAACGUGUUCCAAUUUUCAACGGUUCCUCCCGUAACUUAACACCGAGUCACACAACGCGUGACGAGUUCAUGAAUUCAUCGUUGGCUUUUUCUCGAUACGUGAGCUUGGGCUGCCUGUACUGUGACAAGACAAUUGCGUAAACAAUACUUGAAACUAGACCCUGUGAGCAGGGUAACUGGGAUACCUGGUUGGUACUGGAUCCGUGGAAUCAAGUGUGGUGAUACUACGCGUGUCGGACUAGUAUACUGAAAUAGUGAGCUCAAGUCUGGCCAAGGGCAUACACCUGUCUCAAAACAUAGGCAUGCUAUGCAUGCAAGAGUUAUUUUUUCUAGGGUGGGUGGAUUACUUGAAACAUUGUAAGUGGUCUACAUUCUUACAAAAGGAAAGAAGAUUAUUAACGCGGGAAAGAAUGAAAAUGUUGAAUUACCUCACACACAGGUAUUUUGUGGUAGAUUAUGUGUGUUGUGCGAAUAAAUGUAACCAAAAAUAAACUGUAUUGGUGCCACGGAUACCUGUUAGUACAAAAUGUAGACAGCAGACUGCAGACCAGAUACAAAAUAUAGACUGCAGAGUGGGUAAAAAAUGCAGACUGAGAAUCUGAAGAGUUUUUACGUCUGGUAUAUAAUAACAUGUCAUCUUACAGCUUACCGAGCGUCACGCAAUCGCUUUUCCGCGAUCAGCCUUCACGAUUAUUUGCACUAUUGUGGAAAAUUCCUGGCCCAUUUCUUGAUGAAAAUCGAUCGUAAUAUAAUUUCAAGCCUUCAACAUAGUUGGUUGGUGUGAUGUCUGUACAGAUUUUACCAAUGUAAAAAAGUAGAUGACGUGAAUAAUAGUGAUGGUAAAAGCAAGCUUAAAACGGCAACAAUCGCCAGAAACUACAACGGAUACACAGGGUAUGAGUAAGUUUUAUUGAUUUUUCGAGAAAAAUCUUCAUAUUUCGAAAUAUUUAUCGUUGUAAAUCGACCAUAUUUCGUUCCCUAUACUAUUCCUUAUAACGUGUUCAAAUUUUCAACGGUUCCUAAAAUAACUUACUCUGAGUCACACAACGCGUGACGCGUUCGUGAAUUAACCGUUGGCUCUUUCUCGAAACGUGACCUUGGGUCGCCUGUGACAAGACAAUUGCGUAAACAAUACUUGACAUAAUAACAUUAUACACAAAAAACACGGGAUUUUGGAUCAUGUAUUCAUUAAAAAAGAAUAUCCAUACAACUACAAUGAAAACAAACAUAAGAUUCACCUUUCUGAUCGUGAAAUUAAUACCAUUCGCACUGUUAUCGUAGCUACGUUCCCUGGCAUCAAGUGAAUCCAACAUGGCGUCUUUCUUCACUAGCAGUUUGCAUCCAUUUGAAUUUUGUUCUUCAGUCUCACGGUAGUAGUGUUGUUCAAUAGAUUGCAUAGAGUACAUGCAGUUUGGUUUCAGAUUUCAGAUUUUGCUUUUUACAACGAGUUUACGUUUUCAGCUAAGACAUUGGCUUACUUGGCAUACAAGACAUACAAGGCAUUCAAUGCUUUCAUGGCUUUCAAGCGUUCGCGAUUCUGUCCGAUCCAAAAUUACCGCUUAAUAACAUCUUUUUGUGUGGAUUGGCCUCGAACAAUACGACUUGUGUAUGCGUCUAUAAGUAUUUUGAGCGUUUGCCCGAUAAUGCUCCAGAUGAUCGUAAUCCAAUUACGUUGAAAUACAAAACGACCGACAAAAUAGUUUUAUGGGCAAAAAUCUCGUGUUCGUCAUGUGACCCGGCCCUGUCCGUGCAUGACAACGUCAAUCAUCAUCAAGAUAGCACGCGUGAUCAGCACGUGAACACCUCAUUGGAUCACAGUUAGUUGUCAUGGUGUUGAGGGCCCAAUGACCUCUGGGUACUAUUGCGCAAUUUUUCCAUUUUGUGGCGGAGGAAAAAAACAAAAAAAAAUAAAAAAUAAAAAAAAAAAAGACGACAAAGAAACAAAGGCAUUUUAUGAAUGGGCUACCACAGGUAUCCCAGUAAUUAGUCUAUAAUUUGAUCGUUUAUCGUCAUUACUGCUCAUCCUGGGGGAUUUUAAAGUCACACGCUACGUGUUGGUUGACAAUAUGAUAUGCUGUGGCUCUAUGUCCGGUGACCGGUCAAGGUGUUGAAAACACUAAAUGGCCGGUAAUCCUAUAUUUUCAAUAAAUUUUACAAAAUCGAAAACUUCCACUUAAGGGCGACCCUAAAAGCAGGAACGCUGGAAUGGCUGAAUGGUGGAAAAUGACCCCAAAUCCUAAAAUACGGAACGGCGGAAAAUGACCCCAAAUCCUAAAACACGGAACGGAUGUCAGGGCAUGUUGCACAAAUUUUGUACAAAAACACUCAAGCGCUUGGCUCAUUCAUCCCCACGACGAUAACGCGCGGAACUAAAAUUAAGUGUUAUUAUUUUUUUUUCUUUCACCGAGUGGUAUGAAUAAUAAUGAACCAUUAUGCAUAAAAGAUAGCUGCGUUUUUGCGUUGUAAACCUGUUUAGUUACCUUUUGUUAUGCUAAAAUUGCCAUGAGUUUUAGUCGCGGCAUAAAAAGUCGCACAGCAUGUGAAAACCAACUUGACAUACCACGUUACAAUAAACAAUUGUAACUGUAAUUGUAACUAACCCUAAUCCUAACCCUAACCCUAACCCUAACCCUAACCCUAACCCUAACCCUAAGCUGAUACGUUUCCUGGUCACGUCUGCAUUGAUUUAUCGAAACAAUAAUAUCUCAUAUGCUUGUAAAUGUGAGAACAUCACAGGAACGUUUUCAGGCCUCUCAAAAUAUGACAACGUUCAGCCCCAGCUCCAAACUUAGACUAGCGUGAGAGCAAGCCCUCGUUACGAGCCCUUCAAUACGAGCGUUUUUUCAUCCACGAAUAAGUUUUGGGACUUGAGUAACACUGGGUGAAGAGAGAUUAGCUGGGUGUCACGCGCGUGGGAAUUUCUCAUGGCGUGAAAAGAAAAAAGAAAGUUAGCAGAACGAAGCCGUCAAGAAGAAUUUGAAGAAUUUCUUCGCGACCAGGUGUCCAAAACACUACCAUCCUACGGUGAAAUUUACGGCUUACAUAUCAGCGGAAAAAAAUAAACUUUCUGGAAAAAAAAGAGGCCAUUUCACCAAUUCGUUCAGCGGAUUUCUUCUGUUCCUCAACAAAUUGCAAAUCGUCAACUCUAUGGCGUUUAAAUUGCCCUUCCUGAAAGGGAAGUGUAAUUCAGACGGAUCUUUGGAUUGUCAUGGUUUACCAUUAUUCGCAUGGAAGCAGUUGCGAGACAAACAAGAGGCUAUCGGUCGAGGAUCCUAUGAUUUGGUUUGUGCGACAUAGCCAUUCCACCGUUCCUGCUUUUAGGGUCGCCCUCCAGUUAAUCUAAACUAUCAUAUGUCGAUUUAGAAAAGUCAAGCGAUCUUGAAAUGCUUUAUAGAUCUCAAGUCUAGUGUUUGGUUUACGCUGGGCUCAGAAGUUGAAACCAUGUUUUGUGACACUGAGAACUUUUUUCAGCUCGACUGCCGGUCAAGGUUUUCAAAACAGGCCGGCAGUCCUAUAUUCUCAAUAAAUUUCACAAAAUCGAAAAGUUCCAGCUAAUCUAAACUAUCAUAUGUCGAUUUAGAAUAGUCAAGCCAUCUUGAAAUACUUUAUAGAUCUCAAGUCUAGUGUUUGGUUUACGCUGGGCUCAGAAGACAAAACUAUGUUUUGUGAAACUUAGAACUUUUUUCAGCUCGACUGCCGGUCAAGGUUUUCAAAAUACUAAAUGGCCGGCAAUCCUUUAUUCUCAGUAAAUUUCACAAAAUCGAAAAAUUCCAGCUGAUCUAAACUGUCUAAACGAUUUGGAAAAGUUAAGCGAUCCUGAAAUGCUUUCUAGAUCUUAAGUCUAGUGUUUGGUUUACGAAUUUUUUUUUUUUUUUAAAUUUAUUGAGAAUAUAGGACAGCCGCCCAUGUAGUGUUUUCAACACCUUGACCGCUUACCGGCCAGCAGCGGUAUGGAAAAGCCGAAUUUGUUACACACGGGAACUUGUACGUCAACACGCACGCGACACGUGACUUUAAAAUCUCUGCUCCUCUUACAGUUUCCUUAUUUUAAACUGUGCGAUAAUUAUAAUAAACAGUAAAAUCAUAGACUAAUGAAUGUAAUGUUCCAUACGAAAGCCAUAUUUGCUGAUCCUAGCAAAUCUUCAGAGUAAUAAACGACAGAAGAAAGAAACGCUACGAUUUUUCGCCUACAUGCAUCUCUCUAGAGGUGAAAUUUUUCAUUCCUACAAAAAAUCUCGAACGUUUUUCACAUUUUUUCAGAGUUAUCGGUUUAAUACCAUAGCAGUGAGAGCUUCGUACACUUUACCUAUUUUGAAGCGAUUUCCACGGUGAAAACCAAGGGGGGUUGGUCUAUCUUCCCCCGGAAAUAACCAAGACAGAAACCAGUUUGUCUUUUUAAGUUGUGGAGUAGACCCUUUAAACUGGCGAAGUUUCAUUGAAAUCGGUGACAUGUAGCACGACUGCCUGGUGCUCUCGUGGUCACACUCUUAAUGGAGUGCACACGUAGAAUUAUGGAACUUGAGGAGAGUUGUGUAAAUGUGAAGUGGAGAAGUCUGAAGGAGUAAAUCGAAGUGAGGAAGUUCAGACACGUGUAAGUGCGAGUGUGAUCUUGACGUUUUGAAGUUUUUAAAUGAUGAAAAAGAAAAAUCUAAGUUCUAAAUGAGAUAGGUUUCAAUCAACUUUUUAAAUGCAUAAUUCAGUUUGUAAUGGUUAACUAGUUCGUAUCUUGAUCUUGGCCUGGUGAUGUGACAAGCUAAAACAUGUUUCAUGCUCACUCGACCGUUCAGAGUUCUCGUGACUUCUAACUAGAGUUUCACAGCGCGAAAAUUGUGUGUGAAGUCCCACCCGGCGAACUAAAGCCGUGCAAGCCUGUGCCAAACAGAAUCGAAUCAUUUUAAUCGAUAUUCUCAUUCUUGGAAGAUUGUUUUGAGAUGCUUCUCAAAUUUAUGCUUCGUUUCUCGUAACAGCUCAUCAGAAUGGAAUGAAAAAAAAGUAGGGCCAAAAUUGUACCUUAAAAUUUUAGUGGAGUGGACGCGUGCAAUUAUGGAACUUAGGAACUUGAGGAGAGUUGUGGAAAUGUGAAGUGGAGAAGUAUGGAGGAGUAAAUAGAGGUGAGGGAGUUGAGACACGUGUAAGUGUGAGUGUGGUCGUGAGGUUUUAGAAUUUUUAAAUGAUGAAAUAAAUAAAGAUUUGAGGUCUAAAUUAGAAUGGUGGGAGAAAAGUUAAAAGUUACCAAUAUACUUUGGGUGUAUGAAAGUGUUGACGAGAUAAUAACUUGAAAUAAUUCAAUCGAAGACAAAACAGGACAUGAAUUAGAAAGGAAGAAGCUUUAAUGUAAAGUAAUGUAGAAGUUUGGAAGUAUGGAAAAAAAGUGAAAAGUGUGAGGAUAGAAAUUCUCUAACUGUGGAUUUAAAAACAUCUGGAAGUUUUAAAGUUUGCUCUGGUAUCCUUUCCGAUGCUUUGAGUGUAAGGCUACAUGAGUCACAGCAGUCGUGUUUUACAGCUCUGUCAUCCAGAGCUAUGUUCCUGGAAAACACACGCCUUGGGCAGUUUGUUUACUAAUUGUACUAUGAAAAAAACUCGCGUUUUUUAUGAGCUUCGAAUUGGCCGGAUUUCACUGAACAUUUCACUUUCAGAUUCCGUAUUAGAGACUAAAAUACUUCAGGCAAAAGUGUUAAAUUCAACCGCCAAACUAUCUCAGUUUGUAAACUAUUGCAGAUUAUGAACUUUAUCGAUGGUUCGAUAUUUUUGACAGCUUGAGUCUUGUUCAGCCAACCAGAUUAUUUGAACCAUUCUGACAAGGACUCUGAUUGGCUUAUUGUAGCGUGCUUUAUGAGAGUACAGAGCAUGCUGACGACACUGAGGACAGAAAAUGUCAAACUGCUGGCCUGAAAAUAGCGUCGACUCACGGUAACUCGUGCUCUCACUGAAUGGAUCCUCUAGUUCAGUCGCACCAGCAGAGAUAUCCCCUGGAUGUCUGCGAAAUUACCCUCGAUAAUUCGAACUCUCGAUAUUCGCCACUGCUAACGUUUCAUUUUAUUUUAAAUUGUUUUGUUUUUCUUUAUUUAAUCAUUACGCAUCAGGUCUCAGUGCAGUCAAGUUUUCCUUGCAUGUCUUAUUCAUAAAACCUUGCUGCUACAAUCCGUCUCUUUUUUGCACUGUUAAGCUAUAUUUUUCCCUCUGCUUCUCUUAUAAACAGUAACAUCAACACCCCACCUCCCCCCUUGCUUACCAGGGCAUAACUAUUGGAUAUGAUUGACAGUUGUUCAAUUGAGAAGUUACGCAUUUAUUCGUCGGUGUCACAUUUUCAGGGCCGCCUAUAAGGUACUUCGAUUUGUUGUUUACACAACAAAUCAUAGGCCGAAUUUAUUAGGAAUAGUAAGCCUGUAACCACGUCGUUCAUCGAUCGGCCAAGUCAUCCAGUGUAGUUUAUAGUUUUGCCGCUUUAAACCGCGAGUUGUUGAUAACGGAAGUUUCAGCGCUGGAAAACGAGACAUGAGUUUUGUACUGGUAAGCGCCUCAUAUUCUUUGAAAUGGGUUUCUCGUAACAGUUUAUCAGUGUGGAAUGAAAAAAAAAUCUAGGGGCCAAAAUAGGACUUUAAAUUAUUUAGAGGAGAGGACGCGUGGAAUUAUUGAAUUUAGGAACUUGAGGAGAGUUGUGGAAAUGUGAAUUGGAGAAGCAUGGAAGGGUAAUUAGAGGUGAGGAAGUUGAAACGAGUUAUUUUUUUUUAACUGAGUUGGUCGAAAUGGGACACUUUGUGUUCCUGAUGUUUUCGUAACUUUCAAAAGAACGAAGUUUUCGCAUUAUUUCAUUUGGAGAGAAAGAGAAAAACAUAAUUUAUCUAAACUUACACAGGUAUUUUGUGGUUUAUUUUCUAUAUUGUCUGACUACUCCUGAGCAAAAAUAAAAUACAUCGGUGCCACGCUUACUGUAGUCUCCCUUGCAGCUGUUGUUUGGUCUUGUCACAUAACGCCCUCUAUUCCCUGUUGGAGAGAAAGCCAUUAUUGCGUAACGAGACCAAAUAACGGUUGCGGAAGAGACUACGCUUACAGCCGUUCCUCUGGCAGAAAGAAAAUCAAAAUUAUUCGUAUACAGUUAGUCGCUUCAAAAAUAUAAUUCCACGUAAUUUUACUGCGACAAGCAGACUAAAAUUGUUGUAUCUCCAAUAGACCCUAUCCAAAGAUAUAUUGCGAUCUCGUUCGGGGGAAGAUAUACUGAGCGAGAGAAAAGGAUAAUAUUUCAAAGAGGGCUCCUUGAUUGGUUGUUGUGUAUCUGGACUUUGCCCUCUGUGUGUGGAAUACGUGGUAAAAUGCUGGUUGUUUGCAAAGGAAUUAACACGUAAUCGGGUAGCUAAAAGCGAAUUUUAUCGGUAGAAAAUGUCACAACGCGGGAGAAUGAGUGGAAAAUUCACUAUCAGUAACAAAUUUUUUUUGAAAAUAUAAAAUGUAACAAACCAACUAUUGCAAGGGAAAGACUUUGAAUAAGAACUAUUCAAAAAUAUUGUCGAAACCAAAUAUGCUUCUGUCAUGAGCUACCAUUGUUCUUAUCUUUCCGUCAAUUAAAGCUAUCUUCUAUCCUCUAGGUGUUAAGUGAACUUGUGAGUUAGAAGGCAAAAAACAAAGCAUGACUUCGUCGCCCGGGACAAACGCAGAACAACGACGGUGGUUGGUGGUUGGUAUUGGUCUCAACAGAGUCCUCAUGCCGUAUCUCCGAAAUAAGAUUCAACAGGAAAUGAAACCAUUUUACCAGCAUCUGCUGGCAAAUUGUGGAUUAGACAAGCAAACCUUUUCGACUCACCUGAGGACCAUUCCACCGAGCACCUUGAAGCUGAACUACGAAAGUAUCAACAAUAACGCCACUCUGGGUCGAGACACACGUCUCUUUGACUAUCGUGUAAAGGAUGAAGUGUCAUUGGCAAAGUUGUUCAUGAAACCUUUCAUGGCACAUUUCAAUGCAUUUGAUUCCUCAUUUGAUGCCUCAGCGGCUCUGGCUGUCCUUUGCUGUGCUCCGCUAUUCAGCGCUGCAGCGCUGUCAGCUGAAGUUGUGAGAUCUGAAGUACGAAAUGAGUGGGCCCAUUGCGACUAUGCGUCAUGGACGGAAGUGAAAUACGAUACAUGUUUUGAUCAAAUGAAGACCUUGGUUAAUGACCUGGGAUUUGCCCCAGCAGAAACCACAGAGCUCCUGGCUGAGCUGCAGUUGUGGAGGAAGAAUGGUAAGAUUUCAUUACACAUAUCUAAAGAAAUAUGGCUUUGUCUUCCCCUCUAGCCAAGGAGGUCCUACCAAAAUUGUAUCUUAAGGUCGAUAGAAUACGCUGGCUGUUGAAGAGAUGUGGGUUGCAAUUUCAACGUAGACAUUCAUGAACCGAAUAGAGAUCAUAAAUUCCGAAAAAUCGACAAAUGUUCAUCUAGUGCGAACCAAGUAUGACUACCUUAUGUGAAACACAGACCAAUGAAACGAAACGAGACUUCCUUAUGCUCUUAGUUUGUAUUGCUUUACAUAGAAAGCAUAGACUUGAGCUAAGUUGUCACACCUUUGACAGUUUGAUCUUUGUACAUGCAUAUGCUAGUACUCUGUGGAACUCAAACUGGUGAUUUCCGUUGAUUCUAAUCGCUUCCAUAGCGCUUAGUAUCGUUCAGUUAAGAUCAAUUUUUCUUUAAAUCGAAAAAGUGAGCACACGCGCCCGCUGUCCGCGCGUUUUCUCCUACUACGAUUCUGGCAAAACACAGGCAGGCAAUCACAUGGGUUUGAGGCUGCGUGAUGUGAAAAGAUUAUUUAUCUCUAACUUUCGCUUUAACUGCCAACAUUCGAUGUCAUUUUGAUUCAAGUGAUCGAGGGAAAUGUCUCAUAAAGCGUACAAUUUGCAACUUUUGAUUAUUUACUUUCAGUUUUUUGUGUUGUCCGGUAACGUUUGCAGGAAAGAUAAUUUCCCCCUUCCCUUUCAACUGGCACUCCUCAAAAACAAAAUCAUCGAGCCGUGCAUCUUCCAAAACCACUCAAGGCUGAAAAAGCUCAAGAACUUCGCCAAACCUCUUUCACUUUCAAAUAUCACUCCCCACCUACUUUCAAGAAUGUUUAAGGUCGAUUGUUGUCCAAUAUCGAUGCGACAAAUCAUUACAUCUAUACACUUCUCCAAACGCCUCAAAAGCCUACUCUAUUUUCCUGCUUCGUUAACAGUUUUGCCAUCGAUACAAGAUGUGGAAAGAAGAGGUCAAUUAACACUUCUGGUAUCAAAAUAAAUCAAUUAAUCGAGCUCAUAUUUCCAGGCUGGUGACAAAACCAUCACCCGAACCUCUCCCUCACCGGUGUACAUGUGUCGUAGAAAAGGCGGUCCGAAACCAAACUUUUGAGAAACAAUUUUCUCGCUGAGGGGAGGAGGGUCGCGUGAUUCUUUUGUCGUUGGUGAAGGGAAUCUGUCCGUUGUAAAUUCCAGCGAACGUAAGAGGUCAAUAACGUUACGCGGCCUCAAACCCAUAUCAUUAUCUGCCUGUGGUUAACUUUUGCUUGCCAGCAAAGGGAAUUCAUAAGGUGAGUCAGUCCACGGUGAAUCAAGGCUGUCUGGCUAAAUCACUCGAUUCCUACAAUCCACUCAUUAGUGCCGCAAUUUGGGUCAACCCUCUUCUCAGUGAGAAUUAUUCAAUUUUCCAUUGAACUAGUCUCCUCGGCCAGUUUCGUUUAAUGAAAAGUGACGUUAGUCUUAAGCUCACGUAGAAGAUUACUGGUCUAUUACUAGCUCACUAAUUGCUUGUUUGGUCAUUUUUUGUGAGUAGGAUUAGACCUCUGUAUUGGUAAGCCACUCGAUGACACUUUCCUUAAAGUCAUAAGCGAUGAAGUUGUAGCGGUCGCUGGAACAUUGCCCGAUUGGCUGGAGAAAACGAACGACAAUAUAAACCAGUUACGUGCAAUGCUCGAGUCUGAGUUUGGCAAAGUUCUGGCGAUAUUAAGUGAAGCCAUUAAAGGCAAGAAUGAAGAACAACUAAUGGAUAAAGAGUUGGAAGACAGGCCGGCGCCGCCGAACAUUUGGGAAACUCUGCUUUCAAGGCAAUUCAGUGUUUCCACCGCAGAUUAUAAAUCUGUAAUAUUUGAUGCGCCAGAUCCAAACAAGUGGUUUACAGGAAGACAAAAAGUGCUAGAAUCGCUUGAAACAUGCCUCGCUUUAGAAAACAGCCACCAGAAAUUUAGAAUGGCGGCCAUUUGUGGCCUUGGCGGAUCUGGAAAAACGACCUUAGCUACUCAAUUCGCUUGGAAGCAUAAAUCAGAAUACGAGGGAGGCGUAUUUUGGUUUUCCAUGGAAGAUGGAAAGAAGUUUGACAGUUGUGUAAAUGAUCUAGCGUUAAGUCUGGGAAUGAUGCAAAACUCGUUAGAUUUGACGCUGAAUCAGAUUCUUACGUUCAUAUCUAAGCGAGUGAAACGGUGGCUUAUGGUUCUCGACAACGUCGACCAGGCACCCCUUUCUGAUAACAUGCAGAGGGUUUUGUUAGGAAGAUGGAAACGGUGGUCAAACGGCCACCUUUUAAUUACAACCCGACGUGAAAGGAAAGAAAUUUGCGAAUGUGUACAUCUUGAGCCACAUUGCUGUGUAGAUGUCUUCUCUUUUUCUAUCGAUGAAGCAAAAGAGUUUCUUCGAAGUCGUUUCGGCGAUGAAAAUGCUGCAGACCAGGAUGAUACGCUCAAUGAGCUGGUUGUUGAGCUUGGUUGUCUUCCUCUCGCUUUAGAACAGGCUGGUGCACAUAUCAGAUCCCUUCAGUGUCCUGUAAAUAAAUAUCUGGAGCAAUACAAACUUGAACGCUUACAGUUAUUGAGCGAGCAUCAGGCUCAUCCCUCUUGGGAAUAUGAGUCCCGAAGUCGUCUUUCAGUUCACACUACAUGGCUACUCAACUUCGAUUACGUGAAGAAGUCAAGAUAUGGAGAAAUUGCAACCAGGUUUAUCCAUGCAGCUGCUUUCCUGGAUCCAGAUGAAAUACAUGAAAGACUUAUUAAUGCUGAACUGCUUUCUCCUGACGAUGCAGAUGAGAAGAAAAAGGAACUCCCUCUUAGGAAUAACCAUAUAGUGGAGGUCUUGACUAAGUUUUCUCUUUUUCAGAGGAAGUCUGUUCGAUGCAUGAGGUUACAUCGGGUGGUGCAGCAAGUUAUUCGCGGCACAAUGGCAUCACAAGAAAUCGCGAUGGCGAUGCGCACAACAUUUCAGUUGCUUAAGAAUGCCGCUUCAUCGGCUCGUGAACCAGCAACAGAUAUGUCUGUUUUCUCCAUUAUUCGUCACUGGUUGACACUGAAGCGACAUAUGGAGCAACAACUUCGAGGUACACCGAAGGAUAUACAGGCUGAUCAAUUAUGGAGAUUGGUAAACACACGUACUGUAGAAAUAGUGUUCGCAGUCAGUCAUACCUUGGAAGGCUCAAAGCAAACUUUGGAAAAUCGUCGGAGAUUGUCAGCUUUGCUCGAUGGUGACUUCGACAAGUGGAUAGGUGGACGAGAGGUGGAUGUUGCAGUAAGAGAAUCUCAUUCAUGCGAAUGUGAUGAAUCAUCUGACGACGAGGAAAUAGGAAAAUAUUUCAAGAUCGAUUUAAAAUAUCCAUUUCAAUUUUCAUGAAAUUUUGAAUCACUAAAGGCACCGACAAUAAGGAUUUCUUCACUUUUUUCUUUUGGGGAGCAUAGCAAUAUUUGAUCGUUUAAAAUAGGGGUUGUACGAGUAACUUACAAUGAAGGUUGUCACCUCCAAAUCAUGCAACUGCGAAAGCGAAGGUCGAUCUACUUAAGUUCUGAAACAAAAAAGGCCCUGUGCACGAAAUCAAUUUGUGGAUUUGUUAAACAGAAAUCCAGAGAAGCACUUCUAUCCAACUCUCCCUCUGAAUCCAUAGCGUUUUCGUCUGUUUGUGUUUAUAGAUGUAUAACUUUUUGGUUUUACGAUUUUAUUCGAAUUUAAAAUAAAGGGACAGUACGGGUGUGUUCAGAAAAAUUGUCAAGAAUGAUACAACAAUGUGCAUCCUGAUUAAAAAUCCAGAUUUUUUUUAUGUAAAG